ACUUGGGGUGUGGGGAAUUAUGUGCAAUCAGCUGGGCUGGAAGCAUCAUUAUCACUUUCUCGACCCCCUUUAUACCCGAAACGAAAGGCAAAACUCUAGAAGAAAUAGAUUUCAUUAAAACGUGGUUGUAGACUGAGAUAAUAUGUGUACAAAUUGAGUAUCGAUAUAUGCGCGGAAGAUUUUGCUUUAACGUCCUAUACAGUGCGGUGGAAUUAAUUACUGUAUUUAGAGUCAGUAUAAUGACUAUUUUUGUCUGUUACGUUGGCUAUGUUCACGCUCUAACUUAUAUAAAUGUAGCAAGUUUAUUGUCCUGCUCGGUAUUGUCUUUGUCUGUUCUUUUAGGAUCACUAUCUUUUUCUUUCAUUUGUCCAUUUAUUCUAUUCCCAAAUAGAUCAUAGUUAGCAUAUAUUGUUGUACUUUAUCUGCUCAGAGUUGUCCAACACCAACUCUCAAUUCAGUCUUAUCUUAGGCAAAGAUCUCAUAGCCAACUUUGCAGAUGAUCUGCCAUUACACUUCGUAUCUUUGAUACAAUAAUAUAGAUACAUUUUGCAUUCAAUUCAAAAAAUAAAAUUAUUCUGUGCGUGGUUAUGUGAUAUUAUACGACUUUUUAAUGUAAAUAGCACAUAAAAUUGAUACUAAAAAUCGUAACGGGAUCAAACUAGUAAAAC